AUGCCCCCAAUUAUUUCCAGGACAGCAUGGCUCUCACUGCUGUUAGUAGCACUGCUGGCAGUGUCUACUGUCAACGCGCAUCCAAUCCGCCAGACCGCUGAAAUGGAAAAUGCACUUGAAGUCCGAUCACCGAGACUUAUUCCAGAUACCGAGGAGUAUGUCCGUACCAUCUUGCAAGGGUUCGGUCUGGAAGCGCCAACCCCAACCUCAACCCCAACUCCAACCGUCACACCUACUGCUAGCAUCAAGACCAAUCAGGACUUGGAGAACAUGGAGCCAACACAAACCACACACAGCAUCUACUCGAGCCCAAUUAGCUACACGUCCACUUAUGGCAGCAAUGAAGCGGGCUACACUCAAACUGUGGAACACAAGCACAGUGACAACGAACCGGUCGAGAGCGCCCAGGUUGGGGAUGGUUGGAACGGGGGCAAGCAGGUAGAGGAUUUCACUAAACUCUUCAAGUCUAUAUAUGAGCUGUUGGAGCAUCGAUUGAAGGAUAUGAUUAACAGCUCCGAUGAGAUUGGAUUGGAGAACUUCGUGUGA